AUGUUUCUUCGGAGGUCUCGUUCCAUCGACGUGCUUGGCUCGUCUAAGAAAUUGGAUGCACAGAAAAGCGGGGGCGAGAUGAAAAAGUCUAAGCCCAAAUUGAAGAGUAUGCGAUCAUUCAGAUUUUUAAAAUCUCCCCGGCUUGGCUUUGCCCCCGAAUCUAGCUCCAGGAAUCCAUCUCAGACACCUGCAACGCGCUUGGAUGGAAGCGCGAUCUCCACGCCGCUCUCUGAUGCACACGGUCUUGGCAUCAAACAUUCCACAGGGCCAGGCAUGCCUGGUUCCUCGGGCGACACCCGUCCUGUCCCACACGCACGAAUGUACAGCCCCCACAGUGCGAUGUCGACAGACAUCUUUUCAACAUCCAGGCCCCCCGGCACCGGUAUGCGCCUCCCGCCGUCGCGCACGGAUGCGAAUGUGGCACAAGAUCCCUAUUUGGACUGGGAGCUCCCUUCCGAGAUGGCCGCCCCAGCUAGUGAGCCGCUCCCGUCUGUGCCUGUCUUCCCGCAGAUGAGCGAACUACACACCGAAUCUAUGCACAGUGAAUCGAAUGCUCGUCUAUCGCCGACGAAGCUCACACCAGAGGCGACAAAAGUGCCAGAGAAUGCUGAGGUGUCUCAAUCGACAUGGCCGCCGUACCAUACGGACCCGGUACGCAACAUCGAGGAUGCCUACUACUACAUAAACGAGGCGCCGGGAGACCAUCCACAAGAUGUCACGAUGCAGGGCUAUGCCAUGCAAUCCGAUGUGACGGCUCCCACGUCUCAACUUGAAGCAGCCGCUAUCACGUCGCCCGUACCUCCGAGCGGGCUGUAUAAUGAUCAGGCCCAAGCUGCAUCGCGCCCCGCUUCUUUAUCAGACACGAUAAAUCCAUCGCAGGAUGUGGUUGAUGCUCUUGUGCACCCUUAUGACUCUAACAUGGACGAAACGGUGAACCGCCCGGAGUCAUGGACGCUGCCGGAACUAGAGAAUGGGCAGCCUACGACUGACGAUGCAUUGAUGCCUCAGGGUGACGAGAAUGCUGCAAGGACCGCAACGAUGCGCACAUCUGUCAAUCCGGACAAUCAUUCGACUGUCACCGCUGAGCCAGCGCUGCAUGAGUCACAAGACGGUGCCAACUCGCUGCCUCCUGCGAAUUCGACUCACUUGGCGUCACAGGAUAAACAGCUGCCGCAGAUACAGUCCCAUCCAGAGUUUCCGGUUUCAGCGCUUCCAACAGAUGCAUCCUACUACCGCGUCGAAUGCAUGCUCGGUUCGCACGUUCUCGUGUGCAAUGACCCGAUUGUCCAAUCGAAAGUCCCGAAGCCUGUCGCCUACACCUACGAUACCUGGUAUUUGGAGCCCUCGAACGGGCAAAAAUCGGCUAAUAUCACGGCCAUCGUGGCUGCGAGUCCAUCGAACGAAGAGGCGCUAAGCGUACCGCUCCACCUGAACGUAUUUGCCUCGCAGCUCGAGCCUGCCUCAGAGGGACCGUACGUUCUUGAUAUCGCUACUCCAUUGGAGCUGGAAGUCCCGCACACACAGCCAUUAUCAUCCAAUGUCACGCGACUUGUCCCACUCUCGACGAGCUUGCGCAAUGCCGCCCUAUUUUCUAUGAGCUCGCACGUUAUCUUGGCUGCCACGCCACGCCGCCUCGUCGCAGAAAUGACAUCAGGGUCGGCACCGGGAUUGCUGCAGGAUGUGUUAUUGGGCUACCGCCCCUACUUUAGCGCGCAUCGUCUGCUUGAGCUGCUGCUUCAGCGCACUGAAUGGGCCAUUGAAAAGCUUGGUCUGCCCAACGUCGCUCCAACGGCACAGCGAGUCUUAUCACAAUCGCAGUUGGCCCUAUGGCACUGGUUGCUCUACUACUACGAGUACGACUUCCAAAAGGACGAGGCCCUUACUCGCCGCCUUGUCCAGUGGACGCACGAGCAAAACUUGCGCCUGGAGUCCUGGCCAACCACAGAGGUGGGCUCCUCUUGGCCAUCUACGGUGUAUGAUGGUGAGGAACACUUGCCAAGGGACUUGCGCGAGCGCAUGCAAUCGAUUUACUCUCUCGUGGAGAUACUCGUGCCUGAAACCCUUCUGCCACCUCCUGAGGCGGCAAACGAAAAACGCGGCACAGGUCUCUUACACAAGACCCGCUCCAUCUCGCGAAUGCUGUCGCUGUCAGGCGGUCACAGUCGUCGCGGACAUUCACGCAAGUCCAGCAGCGCAGCGGUCGCUGCCGCUGCCCAUCAAGAUGCGGCAAACAUGAGCGGCGAUACUGACACGAGUGCAGAAGCAACGCGCGAUGUCCCAUUUCCUAGUCAAAUUCAGCGGAAUCGAUCGCUGCGUGGACUGCGCAGUAUGCUAUCGCCACGCACUGACCAGCAUGACGAUCCCUCAGAAUAUGAGCCGCGUCAUUCGAUUCGUAAGUAUGAAACGCUCGUACCGGACAAUGAAGACGGGGAUGAAAGCACGGAGCAUGAUGCAGCUCUAAAGCUGUUGGAAGAGGCGCUGGGAGAUAUUCCACGCGCCGAGGACCUGCAUCAGCCGGCGUCUAAAUCACGCGUUGAUGGGCCGUUCCAUUGGAUCCCGCGAUACAACCACACGUCUUGGAAAGAAGCACAGCGAAUGUCCAUGUCGAUGGCUCGUACGACCAAGCCUCCCGGUGCUUCGGCUGCGCCGCCCAUGUCUUCGACACCCUCGGCGGCCGACGGUGAGCCAGUCUUGGCUUUGCGCGAUUCGCUGCUUCUGUCACAGCGUUCCAGUACGAUUGCUCGGCAGAUGGGCAUGAUUGAGCGUGAACUCAUGGCUAGUAUUGACUGGUCCGAGCUGUCUGAGCCUUCGUGGGAUCAGCACACUGUGCGACAGGAACAGUGGCAGCUGGAGUACCAAGACUAUGUGAUGUUCCGCAUCCGCCAGACGAUGAAUGAUGAGCCGUCGGAGGGACAAAAAGAUGCACUUCGCCAGACGAUCCAUGGUCGGGGAAUCCACAUGUUGAUUGCCCGCUUCAACCGCACCUGUGCUUGGGUCGCUAGUCACAUUGUGCGCAGCAACAACAUCCAAGAACGCGUUGCGAUUGUGAACAAGUUCAUUCGGAUCGCUUGGCAUUGCUAUCGUCAAGGCAACAUGGAAUCGCUGUGCCAGAUCAUGUUUGGCCUGCAGUCGCCUUGGAUCGCCCGUCUGCAGCAGACAUGGGAACAGGUCUCAUUGUGGGAGCUGCGUGCAUUUGAGGCUCUGCGUCGCUUCACUUCGCCUCGCGAGCAGUUCGCCUUUUUGCGCUAUUCUAUGCGUGAGGCCAUCGAGACCAACAUCCCCUCGCGCCGGUUUUCGCCGUUGACAACGAGUUCGUCGCCGUAUGUCCCUUUCUUUGGACAGUUUGUGUCCGACCUAUCAGCCAUUGAUUCGCUCGCUAGCUUUGUUGAUGCAUCUGGCAUGCCCAACACCAUGCCGCUGUACGACGACCAGGAACUCUCGUUGAGCUGGGAUGCACUCGUCAAUGUGUACCGCCUUCGCAUAAAGUCGCACAUCGUGCGUGAAUUUAUCACGCUGCAACGCUGCCAGCGCCAGGCACCUGCGCCCCCCAUGGAGCUGCCGAUUUUGAUCGAAGUGCUCCAGCUUGAUACCCUUUCCGCCAUGGCCAUCCAAAGCACCUCACUGGCCCUGGAACCGUAG